AAAAUCCAGUUUUAGCAGCUAGAAUAGGACAAUCCUACAUGGACUAAAAUAAAAUAAAUCCAAGGGAUGUUUGAAUAAGAAAGUUCGGCCAUCAGCAGAUAAAAGCAUUUACACGGCUCUCUCUAUCUCAUUUGACAUAUACAUAUUAUUAUUAAAAUGGACUACAAAAUUAGCCAAAGGAAUUAUAGUACAACCGGCAGCCUAGUAUGUCCUCCAAAUGGCAGCAAAUUAAGACUUUUGCCUUCCCCUUCAACCAGCCAUCUUACUGUCACCUACACAGAACAGUACAAGCAGAAAAAGUCAAGAGUUCAUGACUUUUAAUAUAUUUUUCCCCUUGCAAAUUUUUUGAAAGUUUCUACAGCUAACUAAUAAUCUAAAAUAUUGCCGAGUCACAAAACGAUACAUAUUCAACGCGUUGUCUAAGCAUGAAUGAACUUCAACUUCCACUAAUUGUCCUCUCUGGAUUUCUCCCAACUGGGAAUUUGCUAGAGGAACUUAUUCACAUCUCUAACGAAGUAUUUUCAAUGGAAAAGAUCCCAUUUGUACAGGUUAAGAACAUUUCAACAAUGGUAAGAAGGAUCAAAAUUCUUACUUCAUUGUUUGAAGAAAUUCAAGAAACAUCAUCCAACGCAGUACUUCCACCAUCCGUCAUUCUCUGCUUGGCUGAACUUUCAUCUGUCAUACAAAAGGUAAAGCUCCUCGUAGAAAGUUGCAAAGAGGGAAGCUCUUUGUGGAACCUCAUGCAAACAGAAUUGAUAUCCAACCAAUUUCAUGCGCUCAUGAAGGAGAUGGACAAGGCACUUGACAUUUUACCCCUGAGAUUACUUAAUGUGACUGUUGACACCAAGGAGCAAGUGGAGCUGCUUCGAAAGCAGGCGAAAAGGGCUGAUUUGUUCAUUGAUGAACGAGAAAUUCAGAAAAGGGAAGAGAUUCUCAAGUUGAUGGCUACUAACGGUGACAGGAAAAGCAAGAACAAAGGCCUCAUUGACUUUGAGAGAGUGAAAGAGAGUUUCAACAGCAUUGGUUUGAGAAGCUCAUUGGACUAUGAGGAAGAGAUGUCAAAAUUAAAGACAGAAGCUGAGAAACAGGCAGGCACGGGUGGUCUUACCGCCAUCUCGAAUAUCAACAGCCUAGUAUCCUUGAUCUCCUUGUCAAAAACUGCAAUACUGGAAGAAGAACACCUAAUGAUUAAGAAAAAAUUGAAGCAGCCAGCAUCAAUGAGUAUUCGUCCUGAACAAUCCUCGUGUUAUUCAGUGGUUCCCAACAUCCCUGAUGAAUUCCGCUGCCCAAUUUCACUCGACUUGAUAAGGGAUCCUGUGAUAGUAGCAUCAGGGCAUACUUAUGAUCGAAAUUCAAUUGCUCAGUGGAUAUAUUCAGGGCACCGCACAUGUCCAAAAAGUGGACAGAGGCUCAUACAUAUGGCUCUUAUUCCCAACUAUGCCCUGAAAAGUCUAAUCCAUCAAUGGUGCCAAGAGAACAACAUCCCACUAACAGAACCUACAUUAUCUCCUUCAGAUUCAGAAAGUAGCAGCAGUAAGAUAAAGAAAUGUGACAAGGCGAUUGACUACAUUUCUGCUAUUAAAGCUGCCACAGAUGCUGUGAAAAUGACAGCAGAAUUUUUAGUUGGCAAACUGGCAACAGGGUCUCCAGAUAUACAGAGACAGGCAGCAUAUGAGCUAAGGUUGCUUGCGAAAUCUGGCAUGGAUAAUCGCAGGAUUAUAGCUGAGUCUGGAGCUAUUCCCUUUCUGAUGACUCUGCUAGGUUCCCGUGAUCCAAGAAUCCAGGAGAAUGCAGUCACAGCCCUACUCAACCUCUCAAUACACGAGAAUAACAAGAUCCUUAUUAUGUCUGCUGGUGCUAUCGACAGCUUAGUUGAAGUUCUCCAAUCUGGGAAAACAGUGGAAGCGAGAGAAAAUGCAGCAGCAGCAAUCUUCAGCUUGUCUGUAAUCGACGAGUACAAGGUAAUCAUUGGUGCACAUACCAGAGCCAUUCCAGCUUUGGUUGGACUCCUAGGAGAUGGAACUACAACAGGGAAAAGGGAUGCUGCUAUAGCACUUUUUAACCUUGCAGUCUAUGAUGCUAACAGGCCAAGUAUAGUGCUUGCUGGAGCUGUUUCCCUACUCAUUGAUCUUCUCAUGGACGACAAGGCUGGUAUAACUGAUGAUGCCUUGGCGGUUCUUGCCCUUGUCUUGGGCUGCAACGAAGGGCUACAAGCAUUGAGAAAAAAUAGGAUCUUGGUUCCUCUUCUUGUUGAUCUAUUGAGAUUUGGAUCUUCAAAAGGGAAGGACCAUUCGAUAACACUUCUGCUAGGACUCUGCAAGGAUAGUGGAGAGGAGAUAGCGGGAAAAUUACUGAUGAAUCCAAGAAGUAUUCCUUCUCUCCAGAGCUUGGCUGCUGAUGGCUCCCUGAGAGCUCGACGAAAGGCUGAUGCUCUCCUAAGAUUACUUAAUAGAUGCUGCUCCCAAUCUCAGUAACCCGACAGAUGGGAGCAAUGAAUACAUACACUGUUAACAAGAAUGUAAAUGGAUGGAAAUACUUUUCAUAUUAGUUUACUAUUAUUCAACCCUUAUCCCGUUCACCUUAAA